UCUAUCGCCGCUAUCUCUCUCGACAAGAUAUCUCUGACCAAGCGCUCAGUAACGUUCGACCGUGGCGAGCAGACUUCGAACCUCGUAUCCUCACCAAUGCUGCCCUUGUGAUUGGCCCGACCAUGACACGGGCCCCAUUUGGCCUGAUGACUGAGCCAAGCAGCACUGCCUCUGGGAGGCCUCUGUAUGGAGCUAGUCGGCGACAGUCAAUUGAACAUAAAUAUCUCCUUGCCGUCCUGUUUUUUCUCUUUACGCUUUUCCUCCAGAACUGCUGUCACCAAUCUGAAAUUUCAAUUUCAUCCAGAACUGUCUCCACGGACUGAACUGCAAUUACAUAAAACAAACCAAAAAAAAAAGCAGAAACAUGACAAUGUACGCUCAUGGUUCUGCCCAUGACGUUCCAAUUUGUGGUCUCUACUACCAUGGUCUCUAUCGCCAUGGCUCCUUCUCCAAUACCGGCGAGAAGAACUACCUUCCCCAGGUAGAAGUCAAAGUGCAUGCCAACAUCCUUGCCACCACAUCCCGUACCGUGCUCCAACAGACCUUUGUCAAUCCAUCUACCACGCGCGGCAUCAGGGAAGCCCGCUACGCGUUUCCACUGUACGAUGGAGUGAGCGUCGUGGGAUUCUCUUGCCAUGUAGGCGAUCGACUCAUUACUGGUGAGGUCAAGGAGAAGAGAAAGGCAAAAGCCGUCUACCAAAACGCUAUCGCGCGAGGUGAGAUAGCUGGCCUGCUCGAACAAUUGCCUGAUGCUUCCGAUGUCUUUACGACCACCAUCGGUAACAUUCCGCCGAGUGCGAGAGUGGUUGUCAACGUCACCUACCUUGGCGAGCUUAAGCAUGACAUGGAAGUCGAUGGCAUUAGAUUUACUAUCCCUACCAGAAUCUGCCCACGGUACAGAAACAAUGGAUCCAACUUGCAGAACCUCCCGCAGAUGGACGGCACUCUUUCCAUCACUGUAGAUGUCGAGACAGCGGAAAGAUCCUUCAUCCAGAAAUUGGAAUCACCAUCGCAUUUCAUAUCCAUGUCCAUGGGCACGACGUCCGCUGCCCCGGACGCUGCACCUUCAAUGGACAGAGCAUCAGCCACAUUGACCCUCGGCAUCGCCAGUUUGGACACCGACUUCGUCUUGCAGGUCGUUGCGAAGGACACUGGCGUCCCAAAAGCCAUCCUCGAGACACAUCCCUCUGUUCCGAACCACCGAGCACUCAUGGCCACGCUUGUCCCGAAAUUCGCCCUUCCUUCGGAGAAGCCAGAAGUCGUGUUUGUAUGUGACCAGAGCGGAAGCAUGGAUGGCAACAUGGGACUCGUCAGAGAGGCACUCCAAGUGUUUAUGAGGUCCCUCCCAGUUGGAGUCAAGUUCAACAUCUGCUCCUUUGGCAGCAACUACUCUUUCUUUUACCCUAGGAGUGUUUCCUACAGCCAAGAUACACUUACACAAGCCAUCAAUCAAGCCAAGGGCCUUCGAGCCAGCUUUGGUGGUACGGAGAUGCUCGCGCCUAUCAAAGCGACUAUCGAGAAUCGCUACACAGAUAUGCCCUUGAACAUCAUCCUGCUAACUGAUGGUGAGAUAUGGGACCAGCAGGCAAUUUUCCACUACCUCAACGAACAAGUUCACGAGAGCAAAGCCCCCAUCCGUGUCUUUACUCUGGGCAUCGGGAGUGGUGUCUCGCACUCACUCAUCGAGGGCAUAGCGAAAGCAGGCAACGGCUUCUCGCAGUCUGUACAGGACGGCGAGAAGAUGACUGGAAAGGUCGUACGAAUGCUCAAGGGUGCUCUGUCGCCGCAUGUCAACGAUUACACACUUGAGGUCAAGUACUCGACUGCCGAAGGGGAUGAUGACUUCGAGAUCGUCGAGAAGGUAGCAGACAGUCUGAAAAUUAAGCUCGACCUAAAUAACAAGGCGAGCGCCACUGAUAGCGCGAAAGGCAAGAAACCAAUUUCGUUGUUCUCCGAGGAUCUUCAUACACCGCCAGAUCCGACUGAAGAUGAUGUUCACGCUCAUCUCCCUGUCAUAUCCGUUCCAAACAUCAUACAAGCCCCGCAGUCCAUCCCGCCCCUCUUCGCCUUCAACCGUACAACCGUCUACCUCCUACUCGGCCCCGAAGCACCUAGUGCGACACCAACCUCCGUGGUACUGCGCGGCACAAGUGCACACGGCCCCUUGGAGCUCGAAAUCCCCAUCCAGGUCCUCGCCGCCCCCGGCACAACAAUCCACCAACUCGCCGCCAAGAAAGCCAUCUCAGAGCUCGAGCAAGGCCGGGGCUGGCUCGCCUCCGCAACCGACGCCGACGGCCAGCUGCUCAAGACGCGCUUCGAGGGGCGCUUCAGCGACAUGGUCGAGCGUGAGGCUGUGCGGCUUGGUGUGCAGUUCCAGGUCGGCGGAAAGUGGUGCGCGUUUGUGGCUACUGAGAAGGCCGCUACUGAGAAGGCGACUACAGGCGCCGACGAGCAGGACUGGGAGUUCAUGGAAGAUGAGGAACAGGCGUCGCCGGUCCCAUUUUCGGUCUUGGGGGAUGCAGCGUCGCAGCGGGCAGCCCAGCAGAUGCAAGGACAGGCAAACAGGCGUACUGUCGACUGGAAAUUUCCUACAGCAGAUCAAUUAUCGCACCAGACGGGAAAGCGUACUACUGAGUGGACCUUUCCUCCAGCAAAUCAGAUGUCGCAACAGACGGGAAAGAGUACUGCUGAGUGGACCUUCCCUCCAGCAAAUCAAAUGUCGCAACAUAUCAUCUCUGGACAGUCCCAGAACCUGUUCAGUCUCAGCAACGCCCCUGUUGCACACGGCUCGCAUGACCACGCCCCUAUACAGGAAAUGGAGGGUACGACAUUGGAUUUCCACAUGACUUCUGACUCAGAAUCAACUGCCCACGCGGCUCUCCGCUCCCAGCUCCCCCCUCCCACCGGUAACCCGCUCCAGGACUACCAGAUGAGCCUUAUGAUUUGCGAGCAGCAAUCGCGGAACCGCUUGAAAAUGGUGCGCGCCCCAGCACCCAGCACCACCAGCACCACCAGCACCACCAGCACCACCACCAACAAACGCCGCGCCUCUGCUGAAUUGUCUAAACCUGACGCCAGUGGGAGAUCCAACUCCGAUCUCUGGGCCACCUCGGGGGCCGCCACCCCCUACGACAUGGGCAAUCCGAACCCAAAAUACACGCCCGUCUCCCCGGUCUUCCUUGGUAGCGGUCCUCCGCCUGGGCCCAGCAUAUUUGCCUACAACCUUACGUCGCCGCGCUACGCACCCACGUCUCCAGGCUACGCACCCGCAUCCCUCGACUACGCGCCCACCACCUUUGCCUUCACACCCACGUCGCCGCGCUACGCACCCACGUCGCCGCGCGACGCACCCACGUCUCCAGGCUACGCACCCGCAUCCCCCUCGCCGCCGUCGCCAGGCUACUCGCCCACGUCGCCAUGCUACUCACUCGCAUCCCCAACCUAUGGGCCCAACUCGCCGGGCUUCGCGCCGGCAUCUCAUGGGUACGCGCCAAUGUCGUUCGGCAUGGCCGCCCGCUCGCCGAGUCCCCCAGCAGCGCUGGAGGAUGCAGAGACAGAGCCCGGGCCGCGCGUGCUCGCGCACCAGGAGUUCAGCGGCGCAUUUCUGCAUUCGUCGGCGCUGCUGAGGCUGUUAGGCGUUGGGGACGCGGCGUUCGAGAAGGCGCUGCAGUCGCUGAGCGCCACUGACACACUCACCAUCGUGUCCACAGAUAAGCUGGCGGACGAGAAGACGGAGAAGACCGCAGACGCACACGCCUCGCCAGCGGACGCACCCGCGCCCACGGACGCACUGCAAAACGCGCUCACCACCGCCCUCGCAAUCCUCUUCCUGCAGCGCACCGCCUCGUGCGCGGGCGAAUGGGAUCUCGUCAUCGAGAAGGCGCAGGUGUGGCUCGAGAGCGCUGGUGCCGUUGCCGGGUUAGAGGGGGGCGUUGAGCGGAUUCUCGGGCUGGCGGAGGGAUUGUUGACUGCAGAGUCGUAGAGGGCGAGAGGCGUAGGGGAGUACGUGGAGAUGGGAAGGGGAUAUGGUGUAAAUGAGUGGACUGGAGGGUGGCUGGUAUGGUGAGACACGGUCUGAGUUGUGUUUGGUAAUAACUUAAUGAACA